CAAACGGCGGGCAUCAAUUUGUUUACAUUUCGUUCAGCAACUAAACAGCACGCCGCAGCAAAAUGGCUCGUAAUGCGGAAAAGGCUAUGACAACACUGGCUCGAUGGCGGGCGGCAAAAGAAACAGAAACGGGAAAACAGGAACGGCGUCCGUACCUUGCCUCCGAGUGUCGCGAUUUAGGACAGUGCGAAAAGUGGCGCCUGGAGAUCAUCCGUGAGAUAUCGAAGAAAGUAGCACAAAUUCAGAACGCCGGUUUGGGCGAAUUUCGUAUCCGUGAUUUAAACGAUGAAAUCAACAAACUGCUACGCGAGAAACGCCACUGGGAAAAUCAGAUAUCCGAUCUCGGUGGCCCACACUACCGGCGCUACGGUCCGCGGAUGUUCGAUGCCGAGGGGCGCGAGGUGCCGGGCAAUCGGGGAUACAAAUAUUUCGGCGCUGCGAAGGAUCUGCCGGGUGUGCGGGAACUGUUCGAACAGGAACCUCCGCCGCCCCCGAAGAAAACGCGCGCCGAACUGAUGAAGGACAUCGACGCUGACUACUACGGCUAUCGGGACGACGACGACGGUAUCCUGUUGCCGCUGGAGGAAAAGGCAGAGAAGCUUGCAAUUCAGCGCGCAGUGGAAGAGUGGAACAGUGCUAAGGGUGAAAACAAAUCAGCCGAAAAGGAUGACGAUGAACCGGACAUCUACGGGUCGGAUGCGUACAUUACGCGCGACCCCGAACAGCAAACAAAGGAAGACCCUAUGGGAUUGCUGGGGCCACGCUUUACGGCGCACGUGCCCGUGCCCAGCCAGAAGGACAUUGAGGCGGCGCUGCUGAAAAAGCGAAAACUGGAGCUAAUGAAAAAGUACGGCAUCGAGGAUGAUGAAUAAAUGUAAGAUUUUGUAAUUUGAUAAGCACA